UCUACCUCCACUUCCUGUAAACAAAGCUCGUCUCUUUAUCUUCACUGCUGUUGUUUCUGUUCAGAAAAUGGCUCAAGCUGGACUCUUCCUCGACCAAGACCAAUUCAACUGUUCCGUAUGUCUGGAUGUGCUGCGGGAUCCGGUGACCAUCCCGUGUGGACACAGCUACUGUUCGGUCUGUAUUAAAGGUUACUGGGACCAGGACGAUUUCCUGGGGGUUUACUGCUGUCCCCAGUGCCGCCAGAGCUUCAACCCGAGGCCUGUACUGGGCAGAAACACCAUGUUAGCCGAGGUGGUAGAUAAAUUCAAGAAGACAGGACUUCAAGCUGUUCCCCCGCCGCAGAGCUACGCCGGACCGGAGGACGUGGAAUGUGACGUGUGCACCGGGAGGAAGAACCGAGCCGUUAAAUCCUGUCUGGUGUGUCUGGCUUCUUACUGCGACACUCACCUCUUGCCUCAUUACGAAUCAGCUCCGUUUAAGAAACACAAGCUGGUCCAGGCCUCUAAGAAACUACAGGAGACGAUCUGUCCCCAGCACGACAAGCUGCUGGAGGUGUACUGUCGGACGGACCAGCGCUGUAUAUGUUACCUGUGUAUGACGGCGGAACAUAAGGGCCACGACACGGUCCCGGUGGACGCGGAGAUCCAGCAGAAACAGAGCCAGCUCGGGGAGCUGAGGAGGAGGUCUCAGCAGAGGAUCCAGGAGAGAGAGAAGGACGUGGAGGAGCUGAGACAGGCCAUCAGCUCUCUAACGCGUUCAGCGCGGUCGGCCUUGGAGGACACUGAGAGGGUGUUUACAGAGCUGAUCCGCUCCAUGGAGCUGAAGAGGUUUGAGGUGAGGGAAUUGAUCAAAGCCCAAGAGAAGACUGCCGUCAGCCAAGCUGAAGGACUGCUGGCCAAACUGGAACAGGAGAUGUCUGAGAUGAGGAGGGGAGAUGCUGAGCUGGAGCAGCUUUCACACACUGAGGACCACAUCUUCUUCUUACAGAGCUGUCAGUCUCUGAGCUCCUCUCCUGUGAUUGGAGGCCUGCCAGCUGUGACCUUCGACCCCAACUUCACCUUUAACAUGGUGAUGUCAUCGGUAGCUGACUUCAGAGGGCUCCUGGAGGAGGUGUGUCAAGGGAGCUUCAUCAGCAUCUACGAGAAAGUGAGAGAGGUGUCUAUUGUAGAGUCACCAAAACCUUCCAGCUGCUUCCAGACUGAUCCAACACAACAAACAGUGUUUGUGGCUCCUCCGCCAGCUCUGGCUGCAGUAGAGCAGACCCCCGGCGGUGGGGGUCUCAACCCGUUCCUCAGCCCCGGAGCUGCGGUCCCCACAUUCGGGGGCUUCGCGUUCUCACCCUUCGGAUCCAAGCUCUCCUCUUCCAGCGGCUCCAGACAGAGGAUGUUGCAGAGGAAAUCACACCCACGCAGGAAGCUGUAACUCAGCCAGAGAGAGAGAAGGGUUUUGCAGAGGAGAGGGGAUGCCUAGAGGUUGAGACUGGGAAGAACGAUGGGAGAGAGAACUGUUUUUGCAGAGGAGAGGGAGAGGGGAUGUCUAGAUGUUGAGACUGUGGGAAGAACGAUGUGAGAGAACGGUUUUGCAGAGGAGAGGGAGAGGGGAUGCCUAAAGCGGAGGUUAAGAUUGUGGGAAGAACGAUGGGAGAGAACGGUUUUGCAGAGGAGAGGGAGAGGGGAUGUCUAGAAGUUGAGACUGGGAAGAACGAUGGGAGAGAGAACAGUUUUUGCAGAGGAGAGGGAGAGGAGAUGUUGAGACUGUGGGAAGAACGAUGGGAGAGAACGGUUUUGCAGAGGAGAGGGAGAGGGGAUGCCUAAAGCGGAGGUUAAGACUGUGGGAAGAACGAUGGGAGAGAACGGUUUUGCAGAGGAGAGGGAGAGGGGAUGCCUAAAGUAGAGGUUGAGACUGUGGGAAGAACGAUGGGAGAGAACGGUUUUGCAGAGGAGAGGGAGAGGGGAUGCCUAAAGUAGAGGUUGAGACUGUGGGAAGAACGAUGGGAGAGAACGGUUUUGCAGAGGAGAGGGAGAGGGGAUGCCUAAAGCGGAGGUUAAGACUGUGGGAAGAACGAUGGGAGAGAACGGUUUUGCAGAGGAGAGGGAGAGGGGAUGCCUAAAGUAGAGGUUAAGACUGUGGGAAGAACGAUGGGAGAGAACGGUUUUGCAGAGGAGAGGGAGAGGGGAUGCCUAAAGUAGAGGUUGAGACUGUGGGAACCUCUCUCUGUCAGACAUAAUGUAGUGAUGAAUCAGUGCUUGUUGCUUUCAACACCAACAGUUAUACAGUAUAACUUUUUAAAGACACGAUUUAUAAUUAUGUUAUUUUUAUUUUUCUUCUCCCCACCCCCCCCCCCCCAGAGAUCUUUAAUUAUAAUAAAUCAGUCUGUAAUGAAUGCUUUUAAGUGACACAAUGAAAUAAAUACACAAAUCUGCUUUUAA